UGUGUCUCAAAUCAGUUAUUUUCCAGGUACCCACAUGCUUGAUACCACCUCCUUACUGCGCAAUGAAUGUCCAUCAAUUGGCAAUGUCAACAAUGGGGACAUUGAGUUUAUGGAUCCUGCAAUCUUGGCAGUUGGUAAAGGCAGGGUUCAAAAUGGCCUUAAAGGCUCAAGUUUAGACAUGUCUCCAAGUUUUCCUCCUCAGCCAAGUGGUUUUGAAAAUGAGGCAAGACUUCAGUUUCUCAUGCAAAGAUCUCUCUCUCUGCAUCAGAAUCAGAGAUACACUGAUAAUAGGGAUACCUUUUUCAAUGAUGCUUAUGGAAUUUCUUCGAGGGUUGUGGAGCAAACUCUGGCCAACAAUCUUUCCCCAUUUUCACAACUCAAUCUUCCCCAGGGUAGGAACUCUGUGAUGUCAAAUGGCCAGUGGGAUGGCUGGAAUGGUGGGGUCCCAAGCGGAAAUGACAUGGGCAUGGCUGAACUCCUCCGAAAUGAAAGGCUGGGCUAUAACAAGCUCUUUAAUGGAUAUGAGGAACCAAAGUUCCGCAUGUCCAAUUCAGGCGAACUGUAUAACAGAACAUUCGGGAUAUAGAUGUGCGUCUGGGAUUUGUCAGUUGUGGGAGAAACAAUGAAUUAGAAAAAUCAUGAGUGACUGGCAGACGUGCUUGAGAUGAUCAAAGAUACAAUGAUGCUCAAAUUGUGGUAAUAACUCAAGGAUAGCUGUGAGGGAAUAUGAUCGAUUUGCCUUUCUAGAAGGAAGCUUGAUCAUGACUGUCUGAAUACUGCUUUCUGAUUGGUGAAGGAUGAAAUCCUCGAAAACAGGAUGUCCAUAAACCAACAGGUGAAAGCUGCUGAGUUCUUCGGGGCUCCACAAUUGUUUAGACAGGAAACCUUGCAUGAUUUAGUUGGCAAGCGACGUGGGAGUGGAGAAUCAGGUUAUCACACACAUUACUUGGAGGCGUUGAGAGUUGUGACACAGCUCGUUUUUCUGAGCUUGCCUGCAAUAAUGCAAAUAGUAAAAGCUGAUAGAAGUUAUAGAAAUAUAUAUCUGUUUAUACCGAACUUUCUCCUAAUUAUUUU